GAUGGCAUGGACACUUACGCAAGGUCUGCCGCGCCGCCGUGCUACUGGAGCCUAUUUGCUGUCUCUUCCUUCCACCCAGCUCCACCGCCAUCGCCCCGCAGCCCAGAGAGCCCUGCCGCAACGCGAUCAGCCACCACCGAGCCAAAGCAGGCGGCAUGAGGCUUGAUUCAGUACAUUUAUCCAUGCUGGUCAUCGGGGUCUCCUUCGCCUGCUACUCCCCGAGUUUGAAUUCCCUGCAGGACCAGGCUUACAAAUCCGCUGUGGUGAUCGAGGGCAAGGUGCAGUCCGCGCCUCUGAACGUCUCAGCGGAGCCGUACGGUGUGAUUGUCAAAGUGCUGGACGUGUGGCCGCGGAACAGCGGGGGUCUAGGACGGGAGCAGCUCGUCACGGUGGGGGAAUUCGGAUCGGAGGCUCCGUGCACCACAGUGAUAAAGAAUCACAAGUACAUUUUUUUCAUGGACCCAACCGAGGAUCCCUUGGUUUUCAAGGCAUCGUAUGCUCCCCUAGAUACUAGUGGGAAGAACCUCAAAAAAGAUGUUGGGAAGAUAUUGUGUGAAAACUGCGCUAUUGUGCCAAAGUUAAAGCGAAUGAGGAACCCACUGAUGGUGGACGAGGGAAGCAGGCUCACGGUCAAAUGUGAGGCUACAGGGAACCCCAGUCCUACCUACAAAUGGUUCAAAGAUGGCAGUGAGCUCAAGAAAAGCAGAGAGGUCAAAAUAAAGUCCAGCCAGAAGAACUCCAGGGUCCAGAUCAGCAGAGCCAAGCUGGAGGAUUCUGGGAAUUACACGUGUGUGGCAGAGAACCUUCUGGGGAACUCCAACUCCACCAGCACUGUUCAUGUCCAAAGCAUAACCACCACACUAUCGCCAGGCUCGGGCCACGCUAGAAGAUGCAACGACACCGAGAAGGAUUACUGCGUGAAUGGCGGGGACUGUUACUUUAUACAUGGUAUCAAUCAGCUCUCCUGCAAGUGUCCGAAUGACUUUACUGGCGACCGCUGUCAAAACUACGUUAUGGCCAGUUUCUACCAGCAUCUUGGGAUUGAAUUUAUGGAGGCGGAGGAGCUCUAUCAGAAAAGAGUCCUGACAAUCACGGGUAUCUGCGUGGCUCUGUUGGUGGUGGGAAUCGUGUGUGUAGUGGCCUACUGCAAAACCAAGAAACAGAGGAAGAAGAUGCACAAUCACCUGCGGCAGAACAUGUGUGCAGAUCACCCCAACCGGAACCUAGCGAAUGGACCCAAUCACCCAGGACCUGGCCCUGAGGAGAUACCCAUGGUAGAUUACAUCUCAAAGAAUGUUCCUGCAACGGAGCGUGUCAUACGGCACGGAACAGUGGCUUCUUUCCCCGGCAGCCACGCGUCUUCCAGAUCUCACAACUCCUAUACCCAUGCACGCUCAUCCACGCACAGACACGAGGAGCGGACGUGGAGCCUGGAGCGGACUGACAGUGUCCUCUCGGACUCGCCGGGCAUGAUGUCGUCCUCCGUGGGGACCAGUAAAUGCAACAGUCCUGCGUGCAUGGAGGCCCGGGCCAGGCGUGCCGCACACUGUGGCUUUACUGUGCCCCACCGGCCGGGAUUGCAGUACGGAGACUCGUUCGACUCGCUGGGGGACUCUCCACACAGCGACAGGUAUGUGUCGGCCCUGACGACGCCGGCCCGCCUCUCUCCAGUGGACUUCCAUUACUCACUGCCCCCGCAGGUGCCUAUCUUCCAGAUCACCUCCCCCAACACCAGCCAGGCCAUGUCCCUGCCGCCAGCCGCCCACACCCGCUACCCUCUGGAAGAUGACCAGCCUCUGCUGCGGCGCUACCAGGUGCCCCUGCACGACGUCCAGCGCCAGGAGCCCUACCGGCAGCAGCGCCGCACCUACCUGAAUGACAGCACGGGCAGCCUGCCCUCCAGCCCAUACCGGCUGGCUGAGGAAGAAGACUACGAGACCACGCAGGAGUACCUGUCCUCCCGAGAGCAACCAAAGAGAAGUGGGCCUGGUGGUGGAGGGGGUCGGCGCUUGCGGAGGUCCAGGCUGAACGGCCACGUAGCGCCGCGAGGAUACGAGGCAUCACGGGACUAUGGCUCUCGCAGCUGCCUGACGGACAGCGAGUCGGAGGAGGAAGAGGGCGAGAGCACGCCCUUCCUCAGUAUGCAGAAUAUGAACGCGGAGCCCUCCACCAUCUACAGGCCAGCCGACAGUCGGACUUCUCAGUCGCACUCUACGGGGCGGCACGGUGCACGCGGGAACGUACAGACCAGACAGACGCACUCGCGGUCCAAACCGGACAAUGCACCCCACUAAAGAACGAAGUCGACCUACCAACAAAAAAUCUAUAUACUAUAAACCUGCACCUAUAAGAAAUAUUUUUAUUUUAUAUAACUGACAGAUAUUCUAAACAAAUGAAAUAUUUAUUUUCAUUUUAGCAAAAGUUGUCUACUAGUUAACAGCAAAGACUUUUUUUAUAGGGAAAACUCUAUUUAUAUGUACAUUUUGAUUUACAGCAUAAAAACACGUGCCAAUUUUUUCACUACUUAAAAAAUAGAGUAAUAUUGUGGUGCCUUUUGCUGUGUGCCGAUGCCAGAGGGCCAGUGGAGAUUUUUGCUGUGUGCCGAUGCCAGAGGGCCAGUGGAGAUUUUUGCUGUGUGCCGAUGCCAGAGGGCCAGUGGAGAUUUUUGCUGUGUGCCGAUGCCAGAGGGCCAGUGGAGGUUUUUGCUGGAUGCCAGAGGGCCAGUGGAGAAUUGUUGCUGUGUGCCGAUGCCAGAGGGCCAGUGGAGAAUUGUUGCUGUAUGCCAAUGCCAGAGGGCCAGUGGAGGUUUUUGUAGCCUUUUCUUAUAUGGACAUCAUUUUUUUUAUACACGUUUCCUCUUUUGGCUUUUUCUUUUCUUUCUGGGAGUCUAGCCCCAUUUGAACAUUACUCCUCCCCUUCCACAUCAUGCAAUAUAAACCACUUAAUCAUAAGGUGUAUGUUUACAUUAAUAUCAUUUGCCUAUAGGGUUUAUCAUUUUUGGCAUCCAAUAGAAAAUCUGAUAAAUGCAACACAGGUCCUUUUUGCUCUCUGAGUGAAGGAGUGUGUGUGGGCAUGUGUGUGUGUGUGUGUGUUGUACCAACUCAUUGCUCUAUUGGGCACCAAAGCAAGCGGAAUCAGUAGAGGAAAGCUGCUGAUACACAGUGAGGCCCAACCUGGGUUCCAGGGUUGUGCUGCUGUUGGGUAGAGAGUUCUGUUGGGUAGAGAGUUCUGCAUGUUGUUGCUUGAUGUGUGUUUACAGCUGCCUCACCUAACCUCAACCACCCCACCCCGGCCAUCCUUGUCCAAACAGGGUAAGGUUUUACUUCAUGGUCCCCCUUGUCCCAACAGGGUAAGGUUUUACUUCAUGGCCCCUCCUUGUCCCAACAGGGUAAGGCUUGUCUAAUGGCCCCCACUUUGUCCCAACAGGGUAAGGCUUGUCUAAUGGCCCCCUCCUUGUCUCAACAGGAUAAGGCUUGUCUAAUGGCCCCCUCCUUGUCCCAACAGGGUAAGGCUUGUCUAAUGGCCCCCUCCUUGUCCCAACAGGGUAAGGCUUGUCUAACGGCCCCCUCCUUGUCCCAACAGGGUAAGGCUUGUCUAAUGUCCCCCUCCUUGUCCCAACAGGGUAAGGCUUGUCUAAUGUCCCUCUCCUUGUCCCAACAGGGUAAGCCUCCAACGUCCUGGCUUAUCUGUGAUUCUGAAGAAGAAAUGCCACUUGUCAGUGUACAGUAGCAGUUAGUCUGCCAUCAGUGAUAGUGGCUCAAUACAAAGAAACUUUCUCCCAUGACCCCCAUGCCGCCUCUUCCUCACCUGUCCAUUUUUGUCCCCGUGGUCAGAGUAAAGGGCCGCACAGCGUCUCAGGACUUCCACCCCCCCUCUCCCCCCUCCACCAUCAGACCUACCUAGGACUUAAGGUCCCCCCCCAAGGACAUUAAGGUCACACCCAACUUGCUAUUCUUCUGAGCACUCCCAUCUAGAAAAAAGUAAAGCAGAGUGUUGAAUAGAACAGAACACACUACACCAAUACAAGAUAAAUAGCUGUGAAACUUUGGAGGGUCAUAAAAAUGCCAAAAUAUGCAAACUUUCCAUUUAGCUCUGUUUGACAUCAUUUUCUAAGAGGUGACUGUAGUGUGUUGUGUGAAACCUAUGUAAUGCCUGUAGUGUAGAAGAAGAAGAAGCACCAUGAUAGGAAUACAUAUUUACAUCAUUAUUAUAAGUUCAUGCAGUUAUGCAGCCAUUGCUCGAAUUGUCAAUUUUCCUCAUUCACAGAUUCAUGUUCAUAGAUUUUUUUUUGGGGGGUCAUGAAUCAUGAAUUCUUAUCUCACUAUGUCGAGACCAAGCAGACAACACACAAGUCUACAGGAAUGACUAACCACUUUAAAAGGUCUCAUACACUAACGUCGAGCGCUGCUCAGUCUUGUGGAUAAGGAUAGGUAUUUGUUGCCUGUUGUGAAGUAUGUCACUAAAAGUUAACAAACUGUUCAAACUUCUCUGUCCUCCACUCCCCAAAAAAUAUUGCAGGAGCUUGUUUUGGCAAUCCAUUUGAAUUGUAGUGACAGAAAACAGUUGAUAAUCUUGCAGAACUGGUCAUAUACAUUUUGAAAUGCAACCAAAAAAACUCAAAUGACUGUACCAGGACAAAUCAUCCGGUUAAUCUAGAGGACAACCAAACUGACAAGUAGGACUUGAAACAGAACGUGUAUCUGUUGUAUGAUGAAAGGCAGAGUGACACAGACACAUAGACACUGGUUUUCUGUCUCAUCUCCCCUAUGGAUUCUCUCUCCUUCCGGGUCCUUCACAGUCUGGGUCUAAUUUUGUAUGUUUGAAAAAAAAAAUGCAAAAGUAGACCGUGCUUCUUUAGUUAGUUUAAAUGUGAUACCCCCACCCCCAUCUUGCCCCUCUCCUCACCUGACAGAAGUGCUGCCAGAUUCAUCCUGUUUUUCCUUUUUUCCUCCCUCUCCGCUUGAAAUGUUUGAACACCUCUCCUCUGCAUGUGCUUGUGGUCAAGGUUAGAUGCGUGCAUGGUGAAGAAGCAGCAGACAUUUUUUUUUUUGGUCAGUGAAAGUGUAUUUCAUUUCACAUUCAGCAAUAAAAAAAAGCCACCCCCCCAUGUCCAUUCUUGGAAUAUGCUAGAAAAAAUGUGAGAUUGUCAUAGAUUGUUAAAUAAAAUGAAAAAAUGAUCCACCUGUUCA